UUGAGAACUUCAAAGUUCAGUUUAUAUUGAUAGGUGACUAUUGAAAGCUUGUGUUUUGUUUUUUGGCUUGGUUUGAAUCAUAACAAAAAUGGGCUUCUAUGAGGAUAUAGCCAAAAUGAUCCAGUCUAAUGUUACACUGCCAGUUAUUGUCGGCGUUGGGGCUGUCCUAUCAUGCAUUAUUCUAACAACAUAUUGGUUCACGAAGAAGAAACGUCCAAUUACACUCGUCGACUCUACCGCAAAAGUCCCUCUCAUGCUUGCAGAGAAAAUUGAUAUAAGCCAUGACACGAAGAAGUUUCGCUUCGCCCUGCCAUCAGAGAAUCAUAUUUUAGGUUUGCCGAUCGGCCAACAUAUCUUUCUCUCUGCUACCAUAGACAACGAGCCAAUCAUCCGCUCUUACACUCCCGUUACCUCGGAUGACGACAUCGGCUACAUGGAUCUCGUUGUUAAGGUUUAUUUAAAAGACGUUCAUCCUAAAUUCCCUGCCGGUGGUAAGAUGAGUCAGUAUCUGAACAACAUGAAGGUCGGAGACUUUAUCGACGUGAGAGGUCCCAGCGGCCGACUCAAGUACCUUGGUGGAGGAAGAUUCUCCCUCAAAUUGUUGAGGAAAGAUCCUCCUCGAAUCGUCACCGUCAGCAAAGUGGCUAUGAUCGCUGGAGGGACAGGAAUCACACCGAUGUUGCAGCUGAUCCGACACAUCACCAAGGACCCUCAGGACACCACCAAGAUGGCGCUGCUGUUUGCCAAUCAAUCAGAGAAAGACAUUCUGCUGAGGGAGGAACUGGAGGAAGUAGUACAGAAACACAGUGCACAGUUUAAACUUUGGUACACAGUAGACACUCCCUCUGAAGAUUGGAAGUACAGCACAGGUUUUGUCAACUCCGAAAUGAUCCAAAAACAUCUUUUUCCUCCUGCGGCGGACACGCUGGUUCUCAUGUGCGGACCUCCACCAAUGGUUAACUUCGCCUGCAUCCCUAACCUCGACAAACUCGGCUACGAUCCCAACUUGCGCUUUGCCUAUUAGAUAUGUCCGUCUCGUGCAUUUAAAGUGUUUUUUUAUCACGAUGGGGAGAAGUUUCUUGAUCUUGUUGAGAGAGAAUAUGUUUUGGGAUUUUUUCAAACUAGCUUUAAAAAUAAAAUUUUUUAAGUAGGCCCGCAAGAAAUUUUUUUUUUUUUCGUAAUUGUGUGGCAAAUUUAAUUGGUUUUUUCUGUGUUGCUGUUUAUGCUGGGGUCGUUUUUACUCGAGAUAUCACAGGAGAAGUAUUCAAAUGUUUCCUGAUUACUAAGGAUGAUUAUUUAAAUUUUUAAGGUAAAAUGGAUGGUUUUAGUUUUUUUUCUUUUAUUAAGGGUUUGCAUAUUUAAUUAAAAGAUGCUUAUUGAAAAACCAAAUAACCCUUAUCGACAGGAAAUGUCCAUUCAUUGUACCUUAAGGUAAAAAUAAAUGAAAAUGUUGAACGUUUUGUAUCAGUCUAAGUUAAAAAAAAUCAAAUCAUCUUUUUAGUGUUUUUCAGUGAAUAACAGCUUUAAGUAUGUUUAUUUAUCAUCACACAGAGAAAGUUUAUUUUUGGUGAUUUAUUGUUUUCCAAGCUCAUGUUUACUUCACCGGUAAAACCCAACUGUGCACCGAAACAACUACUUGAAACUCUCUGUUAGGGAAACUUGUAAACUACUGUUAUUUUUUUGCUUUUUUUACAAACAUAUAUAUUUUAAAUAUUGUAAAUAGUAUGCACUGUAGGAAUAAUAGUAGGUAAGUUAUUAGUUUAGUAUAGUGUCACAAACAUUAGAAUUAUGACUAAUUCCAUUGUUUUUUUGGUUAUGGCUAUUUACUGUGUUGAACAAUGCAUUUUUAAAGUUUUUUUUAUACUGAUGUCUUGUUUUAAUUUUGAUUUGAUCAUGUGUGACAGUGCUAUUUAAAAGUUUUUAUUUUACUCUAAGUUUCUGUUUUGCAUUUCUUUCGCAGUUUAUUGACGUAAGCUAGGCAUUUUGUACUUAUGUGAUAAGAGUUGGUGCUAUAAACCAUGUAUUGAACAUCUUAUUUGUAAUAUUAAGGUCCUUGAAAUUCCUUGAAUUAUGUUCUUUAGCCAACUAUAUUUGAAUAUUAAUACAAUCUUUUGUUCCAAAACAUAUUGAGUAAUACAAACCUCGAAUUUCCUUGUACUUAUGUUUGUUCAUCAAAUAUAUCCAGUUGUAUACCGUACAUAUUUCUGUACAAUUUUCUUUUUUCCAUAUAAGAUUUAGGAGAAGCAGCAGUUUGACUAAAUUUUUUUUAGAGUAUCCAAUGUUGAAUUAGUGUUUAAUGGUGUAAACACAAAAAUAAUCAAUGCAAGUUUUACAAAACGUCAAUUACACAUUCUAAAUAUAAAUUUUCACUGCACAUUUCAUGUUAGUGUUCAAUUUUGAGAAUUAAAAAUAUGAUAAGCACUAAGUCAUGGUGUGAAUAUUUCAGAUUUCGAUUGAUUGGAAAAAAAUAUUUGCUUUUGUAGGGUUUUUACUCAAGCUUAGUUUUUUUUUUUACUCAUUUUGCUUCCAAACCUACAUAGUUUUUUUUUUUUUUAUUGUCACCAGCACACAUUAAAAUUCCUUAAAAAAUGUCUGCUUAUUUCUUGCCUUUGGUGAUUUGCUCAUUUGUUACAGAUUAUAAUAUUUGUAUACUACCUUUAAUCUUUUGUCGUGUAAUAUUGUUAUUCUAAUAGGUAUUAGGAUUUAUUGUAAAUUUCAUAUAGGUUACACUCAGACAUGUAAAUACAAAUUAGAUUCUAAAAUUAGUUGUUGUCUCAGAAAUAAUGUAGAAUAUUUUGCUGCCAUCUUAACUUUGUGUUUGAUGGAGUAAAAUAGAUUUUUAAUGUUUUUACAUUUCAUCCGUAUUUUAGUUGUAUAAAACUAUUGCAACGUUGAGUUCGCAUUCUAUUCUGAAUUCUAAACAGAUGUAUUUCUCUUUACAGUAUCCCUCAGCCAAGUAAGCGCUGUCAGCUACUUUCAUAUCCUCAUUUUAGGUGAAGAGAUAUUAAAUAAACGAUGAUGUUCGCAUUAUUAGAAAUUAGUAGGAUUGAGACAGUACACAGCGAUGUUACAGCCAAAAAAUUGGUAAAAAUCUUUUGUAGAAGGUGGUCCAUAUUUUUGUGUGAAAGAGGAGUUUGGGUACGGCUACCCUUUAAUACUUUGACCUUAUAGGCUUUUGUAGCCUCUCCUGACUCCUAGCGAAUCCUAACAGCUGUAGGUAGGAUUGCCACCCGUCGGGGACUUCAGACCCUUUUGCCUGUGUUAAUACUAGAAAAAGGAGGGCCUGUCCUGAUUUUCCCUAACCAAAGCUAGGACCCGCCUGAAUGGGUGUAUCCUGUCUGUAGGACAUCCAUUUUACAUAAUAAUUUUUGGCCUUAUCACCGCUGUUCCUAGGGUUUCGAACCUCAACUGGGCUAGAGCUGAACAAUCUAGGCUCAGGUGUUUGUUAUAUUCUACUUUUAUUGCAUAAUAUCUGCGUUGGUAGCCCUAAUUAUUCCUAGAUGUUUAAAACCGAUCUAUAACCGGUAAACAUCCCUACAAUUAUGCGUUGGCUCCCUUUAUUUAGUCUAGAAUGCCUUUCCAUUCCCUUCUCGAUGGAAUGUAAAUGGGUUGAAUUUCCUAACUUUCCCUGAUAUUUCAGGACAUAUUUUAAAUGAGGGAAGCACAUUUCAGUAUGUUGGACAAUUAAUUAAUUAAGUGCUUAAAUAGACUGUUGUGCCUGUAGGAUUAGUUAUACUGAUUUUUAUUGUAGAAUAAUUUGUCAACAUAUCUGUUUCAUUUAAGACGUUUUUAAUAAUUUUAAAAUUCCCAACCAUAACUCAAAACAUUUGUCAAGUCAUAAAUCAUGCUUUUUUUUAACAAACUUCAUAGCUUAACGGUAAUAAGCUAUUACCGUAGGUCUCGUGUUAAGACCUGGGCUCGGGACUGAUUUACUUUCUUUGUUUUAAUGUCCCCAGAGGUCAAAAACAACAUCUGUUUAAAUUCACAUAUUAUAUAUAUAUAUAUAUAUAUUUGUGUCCGUUAGCACGAUAACUCGAUCAAAAAUUUAAUGAAAUUUUGCACAAACGUGUAAACCCACUUUUAUUUUAAGGAGUUCGCGAACCAGCAUGAUUAGCACAUGGGAACGGGGUUUUGUGGGGUGUUUUAUGGGGUAAAGUUUUUUUUUAAUUUUUACUCUCAAAACAUAACUUUUCCUAAUUUACCUUUAAACCAUUUUAAAGAGCUUAAAAAACAAAUGAUUUAAAAAAAUUGAGCUUUUUGUACGGUUAUUGGUUACAAAGAAAAUUCUAAAAAUGUUAAAAUUAAAAUCCCCAUGUUAUUCUUAUAGAGAACUAGCAGAGUACCCGUCCUUCGUACGGGGUUGGCAUAUAAGUAUCAAAUGCUUAUAGCAGUUAUGAGUGAGGACAUGGUUUAAGAAAUUUCGGUUCUUUUUGAAGUUCGUUCGCUACGCUCACUCACCUUUAGGUUAGAGCUCGUUCGCUGCGCUCACUUUCCUUCAGGUUAGCUCGUUCGCUACGCUCACUUGCCUUCAGGUUAGCUCGUUCGCUACGCUCACUCGCCUCCAGGUUGAAGUUCGUUCGCUACGCUCACUCACCUUUUGGUUGCAAAUUAGCUGUUGUCAUAAAUGUAAAAGAAAUAAUGCUAGUGCUGCACCCUGUUGGUGAUCCUUGUAACUUUAAUGCUAUUGAAAAUCAUAGAACAGAACCAACUUGUUUAAUUGAAACAGCUGUUAAGAUUCAUUAAUUCCAUUUCUCAUAAGGUUAACAUGGGAACCUUUGCUCCAGAGCCACUGGGGCGGAGCCCGGAAGGAUUUUUGGGAUAAAAAUAUGCCUAUAUGUUAAUCGGGAAUAUGAGCUAUCAUCAUGCCGAAUUUCAGCCCGAUCCGACCAGUAGUUUUCGCGUUUACUUUUCCCAUACACACAGACACCACCUCUUUUUUAUAAUAGUAUAGAUAAUUAAAUUGUUAUGGAUUGCUUGUCUAUGGAUUUAUUUUGAUCAAUCUUGGCAAAUUUAUUUAUUCUAUAGCAAGCAAUAAUUAUUUUCCUAAAAACACACUUUAUUGCCUAUCUAGCAGGAAAACCUAGUUACUCGUUAAACCUAAUGUUGUUGAAAUAUAUUUAAGUGAAAAUCAAAUCAGGCAAAUGAAAAUUUGCUUAGUCUGCGGGUUUUCUGCAGCGGGGGUAUUUUUUUUAGUUUGAACAUAAAUUAAUUAAUUUUAUAUUUAUUAAAUCUGAACAAUAUUCAUUGUUUAUUGUUUAUUUCCUUACUAUUUAUUUGUUUUACAUUAUUUUUACUUAAUUUCCAAACUUGGAUGGCAUAACUUCCUAAAAAUAUAUGUUUUAGAAAGUGACCAGCUGAUUAAAAUUUUAGUAACAUGUAUGUUAAAAACAACAAUUGAUGGUAAAAGUUGUAAUAACCUGAGGAAAUAAAUAUUUUAAUAAGCUUAACUAAAAAUUGUAAUAACAUGGCUGUGAAUAGGCAGUGUUUUAAAAAUUAACAUGUAAAUAAUAUACAAUGUACUUUAGUAAUCAAAAUGCAAUGUUUGAAUUUUUUAUGUCAGAUAUCAUAUUACUUUUCAAAAACAUAGGCCUAAGCUUAAUAUGCUUCAAACAAUGGAGUCGUUUUUGUUAAAUGAUAUAACUUACCGUAUUCAAUUUUCAAAUAAUUUUUAUAUAAUAUCCGAUUACCAAAGUAUACUGUACGUCUUCCAAUUGUUUAACAGUUAAAUAGCAGUUUUGUAACAUUUUAAGUUACAGUACAAAAUUAUUACAUGGUAUUUGUUGAUUUUUUUCUCAAUUUAGUGUGGUAAUUUGAAGAAUGUUUAUUUCACAUUUUGUUUCCAAGUCUUCUUCUAGUUUUGUUAAAAUGAAUGAGCAUGCUGUAUCGAUUACAAUGUAAUGGUUUCGUGAUUUUUUUUGCAUAUUCACAGGAGUCAUUUUUUUAUUAAAUAGUAAUGAGUUCAUUAAAAAUUAUGUGAUUAAAUGUUGUGUUAAUCAUCUUGAAAAAGGUUUACCAAAUCUCUGAAAAUUUUAAUGUAAUUGUAUUUUGACAUGUUGUCUAAUACUAUUAUAGCAUUACAACGUUUAUUGUUAGCUUAUAAAAAAUAACGGUAUAAUUUUUCUUUGAUAAUCCAUUAGUUUAGAACACCAAAAUGCUCCAUUCAUAAAAAAUAUGGAUUAUGUACUAUUAUUUUAUUUUUACGGCUUAACUUAAAUAAAUAGGGACUGAUAUAAGUUUUAGAUCAUAGCAAAAAGGCUAAAAUGUCUCUGUAAUAAUUAUCUCAUAAAUGGGAAAGAUAAUUUUAUGGUUUUGGAGUUUUAAUGGUAGAAAAGUUAUAGUUAAGCCUGUGUCACACUUGGCUACUUACUAGCAGCUACCUAGUAGCAGCUACUGAAAUAGCUGCUACUUUUCCUGUCACACUUAUUUGGUAGCCUCUAUUCACUAGCUGCUACUACUAGUUUAGCUCAAGAGAGGUUAUGUCCCAAAGACACGGAUAUUUCCUAUACAGGUUCAAAAAAUUAAUCACAUCUCCCCCACCCCACUUCGGAUCACUCAUGAUUACUUCAGAAAUUAAAAAAAAAUGAACUAGAAUAAACAAAUCAGGCAGACAGCACGUGGUGCAAGUAGCCGCUAGUCUGCUAUUGAAGCUGUCACACUGGGCGACAGUCGCUACUUGAUAGCUGCUAGUUGGUCACGUGACUCACUAGCGCAGUUUAGUAGCACGGAAAGUUGGACAUGUUCAACUUUCCAUGCUAGUAAAAUUUCACUAGCGCGCUACUCUUAGUAGCUGCUACUGCCUAUGUCACAUUGGCUACUUAGUAGCUGCUAUUUCGCUAGCUGCUAGUAAAGUAGCGUAGUGUGACAUAGCCUAUAAGCCUGUGUCACACUUGGCUACUUACUAGCAGCUACCUAGUAGCAGCUACUGAAAUAGCAGCUACUUUUCCUGUCACACUUAUUUUGGUAGCGUCUAUUCACUAGCUGCUACUACUAGUUUAGCUCAAUAGAGGUUAUGUCGCAAAGACGCGGAUAUUUCCUAUACAGGUUAAAAAAAUUAAUCACAUCUCCCCCACCCCACUUCGGAUCACUCAUGAUUACUUCAGAAAUUAUUCAAAAUGAACGAGAAUAAACAAAUCAGGCAGACAGCACGUGGUGCAAGUAGCCGCUAGUCUGCUAUUGAAGCUGUCACACUGGGCGACAGUCGCUACUUGAUAGCUGCUAGUUGGUCACGUGACUCACUAGCGCAGUUUAGUAGCACGGAAAGUUGGACAUGUUCAACUUUCCAUGCUAGUAAAAUUUCACUAGCGUGCUACUCUUAGUAGCUGCUACUGCCUAUGUCACAUUGGCUACUUAGUAGCUGCUAUUUCGCUAGCUGCUAGUAAAGUAGCGUAGUGUGACACAGGCUUUACAGUAGUUGUGUAAAAGCUUUUAUAGACAUAGAUUAUUGACUAUUUUAUUGUAAAUGCUGUUUAUUUAGAGUAAUAAAGUUUUAUGAAUCAACUAA